AUGGACAGAAACAUCAUGGCGUCGGAAGUCCGCGCCGCUCUCAACCGCAUCAAGACUACCGCGGCCGCCGGCGACGACCGUAUCACCAUCACAAUGCUCCGCAAUCUCGCCGACAUGUCGGCCGCAGCACUUGCGGACCUUUUCAACCACCAUUGGCAUGAAGGUCGCCUUCUAGACUCCUGGAAGCAUGCCAAGAUAAUCUUCAUACCCAAACCAAGCAAACGACUCGAUCUAGGCAACCUCCAGCCCAUCUCGCUCACGUCUUUCCUGGGGAAGGCUGUUAUGGAGCAUGUAGUUCUACAGACCCCACACUCACGCAGACAAAAAGGAUCUCCUCCUCCCACCAUGUUUGGGUUCCGGGCUGGACUCUAUACCCAGGACAUCGUGUGA